AUGUCCGCAUUCUCUGACAUUGACAAGCUAGCUAUCUCUACUCUAAGACUUUUGUCUGUCGACCAAGUCGAAAAGGCCAAUUCUGGUCACCCAGGUGCUCCCCUAGGUUUGGCUCCUGCUGCUCACGUCAUUUGGAGACAAAUGAGAAUGAACCCUAAGCAACCAGACUGGAUCAACAGAGACAGAUUUGUGUUGUCUAAUGGUCACUCUGUCGCUCUAUUGUACUCUUUGUUGCACCUAUUUGGAUACGACUACUCCAUCGAGGACUUGAAGCAAUUCAGACAAUACGGUUCUAAGUGCCCAGGUCACCCAGAGUCUGACUCCCCAGGCAUUGACAUCACCACCGGUCCAUUGGGUCAAGGUGUUUCCAAUGCCGUCGGGUUGGCCAUCGCUCAAGCUAACUUGGCCGCCACUUACAACAAGCCAGACUACACCUUGAGUGAUUCCUUCACCUACGUCUUCUUGGGUGACGGUUGUUUGCAAGAGGGUGUCUCUUCCGAGGCUUCUUCUUUGGCUGGUCAUUUGCAACUAGGUAACUUGAUUUGCUUCUAUGACGACAACCAAAUCACCAUUGACGGUAACACCAACGUCUCGUUCACUGAAGACGUUUGCAUGAGAUACGAGGCCUACGGCUGGGAAGUUUUGCACGUGGAGAACGGUAACGAGGACUUGGAUGCCAUUCUAAACGCUUUGGAGCAAGCCAAGAAGUCCAAGGACAAGCCUACUUUGAUCAAGAUGACCACUACCAUCGGUUACGGUUCCUUGAACGCUGGUUCCCACUCCGUUCACGGUUCUCCAUUGAAGCCUGAUGAUGUCAAGCAGUUGAAGAAGAAGUUCGGCUUCAACCCAGACGAAUCUUUCGUCGUCCCACAAGAAGUUUACGACUUCUACAACAAGACUGUCAUUCAACCAGGUAUGAAGGCAUGUGAGGAAUGGCACAAGACCUUCGAAGGUUACUGCUCCACCUACCCUGAAUUGGGUUCUGAGCUAAAGAGAAGAUUGGCUUAUGAGCUACCAGAAGGUUGGGAAAAGGCUCUACCAACUUUCACUCCAAAGGACUCUGCUGUUGCCACCAGAAAGUUGUCAGAAGGUGUUUUGCAAGCCAUCCACUCUUACCUACCAGAAUUGAUGGGUGGUUCCGCUGACUUGACCUCUUCCAACUUGACUAGAUGGAAGGAGGCUGUUGACUUCCAACCACCUUCCACUGGUCUAGGUGACUACAGUGGUAAGUACAUCAGAUACGGUGUCAGAGAACACGGUAUGGGUGCUAUCAUGAACGGUAUCGCUGCUUUCGGUGCUGGUUACAGACCUUAUGGUGGUACUUUCUUGAACUUUGUUUCUUACGCCUCUGGUGCCGUUAGAUUGUCUGCCCUGUCUGGUCACCCUGUUAUCUGGGUUGCCACUCACGACUCUAUCGGUUUGGGUGAAGAUGGUCCAACCCAUCAACCUAUUGAAACUUUGGCUCACUUUAGAGCUAUGCCAAACAUGCAAGUCUGGAGACCUGCUGAUGGUAAUGAAGUUUCUGCCGCUUAUUUGGCUUCUUUGACCAAGAAGAGCACCCCAUCUAUCAUUGCUCUUUCGAGACAAAACCUACCACAACUUGAAGGUAGCUCCAUCGAGAAGGCUUCCAAGGGUGGUUACGUUUUGCAAGACGUUGCAAACGCAGACAUCACUUUGGUUUCUACCGGUUCUGAAGUGAGCAUCUCCGUUGAUGCCGCCAAGGUCCUAGCCAAGAAGAACAUCAAGGCCCGUGUGGUUUCUUUGCCUGACUUCUACACCUUCGACCAACAAUCAGAAGAAUACCAAUUGUCCGUUUUCCCAGACGGUGCCCCAAUUAUGUCUAUCGAAGUGUUGGCCACUUCUGGCUGGGCCAAGUACGCUCACGAAUCCUUCGGUUUGGACAGAUUCGGUGCUUCUGGUAAGGCUAGUGACCUUUUCAAGGCUUUCGAAUUCACUCCAGAAGGAAUUGCCAAGAGAGCUGAAAAGACUGUUGCUUUCUACAAGAACCAACAAGUUAUUUCUCCUUUGCACAAGCCAUUCUAA